UGUUGCGAAUAGCGGGACAAGGAUACGCCUUUUUUUCUCGUAAAACUUACCCCUUGUCUUUUAUGGAAUAGGAAAUUGCUGCGUCAAUUGGAGGAUUUGUCUGAGCAAGCUUUGAUGCUAAAGUCUGAGCAUUUACACAGAUUCAAGACGUUGUACGCUAUUAGCUCUAAGCUCAGUCAGUUCUGUUUUGAGGUUUACAAGCAAAUUGCCACCUAUGUGGAUGCAAAGUGCGGAAGCAAGGAGGAAAUUAGUUUGGGCAUUAUCCAACAAGCCGUAUACAACAAGGCUGACGAAAUACUCGAGAUUGCCGAAAGCUCUCUUUGGGAAGGUUGCUUGCGAACGAUCAAAUCGCUGACAAACGAGCUUAAUACAACAGUGACACGCGUCGACAAUGACAACAAGAUGGACAAGAUUGCCACGGGUGUAGCACCCUGGAUACAGCGUGCAUCCGACAUGAAGGCAGAAGUGGUUGUGAGCCAUGAUAUGGAGCGCAAGCUACAACAACAUAGCGAUGAAAUUCUCAAACUGAUCAAGGAUCUCAAGCUGAAGGAUCAGGCCUUGCAGGAAUCCACGGUCAAGGUCGAACUCCUCGAAAAGCGUAUGGUCACUGUCAAGAAGCAAGCAGAACAGAUUGCAACGCUGGAAGAGACCUUGCAAAAGUCACAGACGCAAGAAACCAUGUAUGCUGAGGCGAUUGAAAACCUGCAGGCAGAGUACGACGCACUCGAGCAAGAAAACACCAAGUUGAAGAAGGCUACGGCUGCGCAAGAAGCCAAGUUACAAAUGUCGACUUCUGAAAGCAACAGUAACAAGACUAGUGCCAAUGGAAAGACAGACACUAGCGAGGAUCAGAAGCUAUUCACAGAAAUCGAAGGCUCUGCAACUAGCUUGAGUGCCUAUGAUGGAGCUGGUCAAGUAGAGGCAUUAAAGGCAGCCAUCCGCUACCUCAAGACCGAGAAUGCGCACCUCAAAAGUCGCGAUUUGGCGUCUACGCUCAAGCUGGAUACUUUGUCAACAGCCGAUCCUCUCGCGCCAACUGCCAAGUCAGCCAACACUGAGUUGAGAACGGUUGCCAUUGAGACGCGUGUUUUGAUCAAAGAUAUGCGAACGGCAGGCGCUUCACCAAAGGUAGUUGCACUUCAUGCUGAGCGACGCGGUGGCAAAUGGCAGAGCCAAAAGAAGACGCCCGAUUAUCAAUACCAAACACAGCAGUCGGUCCUGUAUACCCUCAAGCAGCGAAGUGAAAAGCUUCGCAAUCGGAUGGAAGAAAUGCAGCUGCAGCCAGCUGCACGGAAAGAUCUUGCUGCUAAUAAUAAUAUCAAGUCAUUACAGGAAGGACUGUCACGAACGUUGGCCAAGAUCCAGAUACCCGCGCUAUCAUCAGCAUCGCAGCAUCGCGUACAGAUUAAGAGUGCUGCUGAAUUUGAGCGGAUCCACGGCAUGUUCUUGCGAUAAUAGAUGCGCAGAACAAACAUAUAGAAAAAACAUAGUUUUUUUGUC